CACCUGACCCAGGUCCUCAGGCCGCCUCUAGUCACCUUAGGGAACCAGGCUUUGGGGUUCUCUGAUGGAGCGGACCUAUUAGCAUCAUCUUUUAAUUUCAGAGGGCGAGGGUCUGAGAAUUAGUGCUUCACGGGAAUUAUUUCACUGACACCUGUUGGUAGGGAGCUUUAUAAAGUAUCUUCCUAAGACUAUAUUUGUUUUAAGUGGAAAACUGUAGGGUUUUUGUUUGUUUACAAUUAGUGAAAGCUUUUAUUUUAAUUUAAUCAUCCCUUCACUUCCUGUUAGGGUGAACUUUAAAAAAAAAAAAAACAGAAUGGGUACUUCUUGACUUGAACUGGACAAUAUGACUCAGGAGCCAGGAAAUGCAGAGAAAUUGAUAAGGCAAGAGAAGUUGUAGUUCCUCCCAAGCCCACAUAAGACUUAUUUUGGAAGACUGGGGAUAGGAGAAAUAGUGGCAGGGUCUACGAGAACCACGCUGUGCGCGCGACUGGGAAUUCUCUGGGUUUCUCGACUCCGUGGACACCAGCUGAGGCAAAAUGAAGGACCGGCUAGCGGAACUCCUGGAGCUGUCCAAGCACUAUGACCAGCAGUUCCCCGACGGGGACGAUACCUUGGACUCACCCCACGAGGACAUCGUGUUCGAGACAGACCACAUCCUGGAGUCCUUGUACCGAGACAUCCAGGACAUUCAGGAUGAGAACCAGCUGCUCAUGGUCGACGUGAAGCGGCUGGGCAAGCAGAAUGUCCGCUUCCUCACGUCCAUGAGGCGCCUCAGCAGCAUCAAGCGCGACACCAACUCCAUCGCCAAGGCCAUCAAGGCCCGCGGCGAGGGCAUCCACCGCAAGCUGCGCGCGCUGAAGGAGCUGAGCGAGGCGGCCGAGGCCCAGCACGGCGAGAACUCGGCCGUGGCGCGCAUCGCGCAGGCGCAGUACCGCGCGCUCACCCGCGCCUUCCAGAGCGCCAUGCACGAGUACAACCAGGCCGAGAUGAAGCAGCGCGACAACUGCAAGAUCCGCAUCCAGCGCCAGCUGGAGAUCAUGGGCAAGGACGUCUCGGGCGACCAGAUCGAGGACAUGUUCGAGCAGGGCAAGUGGGACGUGUUCUCCGAGAACCUGCUGGCUGACGUGAAGGGUGCGCGGGCGGCGCUCAACGAGAUCGAGAGUCGACACCGCGAGCUGCUGCGCCUGGAGGGCCGCAUCCGUGACGUGCACGAGCUCUUCCUGCAGAUGGCGUUGCUGGUGGAGCAGCAGGCGGACACCCUGAACGUCAUCGAGCUCAACGUGCAGAAGACCAUCGACUACACCGGCCAGGCCAAGGCGCAGGUGCGCAAGGCCGUGGAGUAUAAGAAGAAGAACCCCUGCCGGACCAUCUGCUGCUGCUGCUGUCCGUGCCUCAGUUAGCCAGCUGGCCAGAGUCCACCGCGCAUCCAGUAGGAACCGUCCUGCCACUGGCCAGGUCCUCUGCACAACAGCGAGCUGGCCCUGCCCCUCAUGGAAGCAACUCAGUCUUUAGAGAAAGAAGAAACCCGAAGUUCAAGAACUCCAACUCAGCUCGUGCUUGGGAAGAUGGUUGAUACCGUCUGAUGGUUUUUCAGUAAAGACAGAUUUCUUCUGAAACGGUAUGAGGUCCUUAUGUGAUGACAGC